AUGCUUUCCAAUCCUUUGGCCAUCGCCAGUCUAUCUUUGGGCCAGCACUCUUCUCAUUCUCUCGACCACAAGAUUCGAGCAGCGGCAAAGGCUGGAUACAAAGGGCUUGAAAUCGUGUACUUCGAAUUAGAGGCUUUUUCCAAAUCGCAAGGAGUCGCGAUUCUCGAGGGUGCCGAGAAAAUCCGGGUAUUAUGUCAAGAGCUCAGCUUAGAUAUCCUGUCAUUGGCGCCCUUCGAAAACUUUGAAGGAAACCGAUCGCCUCUCGCCGACAGAUUGAAAAAGGCUACUCACUGGGUAGAGGUCGCGCGAGCCCUACACGCGCCAUUUAUGCAAAUUCCAUCAAUCUUCCAAGUUGAUGCUAUCGGCGACAGAGACGUGAUCAUCAGCGAACUACAACAAUUGGCUGAUAUCGGCAGCGCAAAAGAACCAGUCGUGUCGAUCGCGUAUGAGUAUCUGUCAUGGGGAAUACACUGUUCCACAUGGGAAGUCGCUUUGGAAUAUGUCAUCCAAGUCGAUCGUCCCAACUUUGGUCUGUGUCUAGACACGUUUCAUGAAGCGACGAAGCUGUGGGGUGAUUCGUUCGCUGAAACAGGUCGGUUUCCAGACGCGGAAAGAGUCCUCAAAGAAUCACUCGAUCGCUUUGUGGCCAAGUGUCCCGUCGACAAGAUUUUCUUCAUCCAGUUAUCAGAUGGCGAGAAAUUCAACCCUCCAUUUUCCAAGGAUCACCCUUGGUACCUAGAGGGAGAGGCAUCGCAGUUCACCUGGUCUAGGCAUGCGCGACCAUUUCCGUACGAGCAGGAUCGUGGUGCAUACCUCCCUAUCACUGAAAUCGCCAAGGCCUGGAUUGUCGACACCGGUUUCAAGGGGUGGAUAUCGCUCGAGAUUUUCGACAGGAGUAUGCGGGACCAGAGCAGUAAGAUUGAGACUGCUGCAUCUCGGGGAAUAGAGUCGUGGCGGACCCUGCAAAAAGAACUCAAGUCAGCAUCGCUAUAG